GUUCCUCUACUGUUUACACAACUAUGGUUGGCCAUCUGUCACCAGAUGAUACUUCAUAGGUACAGUAUCACCAGUUUCUUUCCUUUACCCCAAAUCUUUUCUGGCACAAAUCACACAGCACUUCAGCGAUACUCUUCUUUUGUUCCAGAAAAGGCUAACAAGAGGCGAGGCCAACGAUGACACAGCGGACUUUGCUAACCAGAGGUGCGCUCCUGUCACAGCAGAUUACUUUGGGUAGUUCCAUUUAUACCGCUGUAACUGCUUCCCCGUGGAAACGCUUCCAUCGAGCCAUGUCCUCUACCAGCAUUCCGCCCCCGGCAUGCCUGCUCCAGCCGUUCGAGGCUCCCUACCGGCACAUGUUUGGACCGGGACCGUCCGACGUCCCUCCUCGCGUGCUAGCAGCUGGAGGAAGACCAAUUAUAGGUCACAUGCACAAAGAAAUGUUCGAGAUUAUGGAUCACAUUAAGAAGGGAAUCCAGUAUGCAUUCCAGACGCAGAACAACAUGACUAUUGCCAUGAGCGGUUCAGGUCACACCGCCAUGGAAUGUGCCAUUUUCAACAGUGUGGAGCCUGGGGAGAGUGUCCUUAUGGCAGUCAAUGGAAUAUGGGGGGAACGGGCCGCUGAAAUCGCUGAGAGGAUUGGUGCUAAAGUGAACACCAUAAUCACAGCUCCUGGUAGUUCUUUCACCAAUGAAGAAAUUGAAGAGGCUCUGGCCAAACACAAGCCUGUUCUCUUCUUCCUCACGCACGGAGAGUCAUCCUCAGGGGUUGCGCAUCCCAUCGAUGGCAUUGGGGACCUGUGUCUCAGGCACAACUGUUUGUUCUUAGUAGAUGCCGUGGCAUCGCUGGGUGGUUCACCACUAUAUAUGGACAAACAAGGCAUUGACAUCCUAUACUCAGGCUCCCAGAAGGUCCUGAAUUCUCCUCCUGGGACCGCACCCAUCUCCUUCAGUGAGCGUGCAUGUAAAAAGAUAUUCAACAGGAAAACAAAGCCUGUGUCCUACCUCCUGGACAUGACCUGGCUGGCUAACUACUGGGGAUGCGAUGGCAAGCCAGCUAGAAUGUACCACCACACAGGGCCUGUAUCCGGAUUCUUCACUCUGAGGGAGAGUCUAGCCAUACUUGUAGAGACGGGACUGGAAAACUCAUGGCAACGGCACAAGGAUGUGGCAGAGCACUUCCACAAGGGCCUGGAGGACCUGGGGCUCAAGCUGUUUGUAGAGGACAAGAACGUGAGGCUGCCGACAGUCACCACCAUUGUGGUUCCCGCAGGAUAUGACUGGAAGGAGAUUGUUGCCUAUGUCAUGAAACACCACCAGAUAGAAAUUUCUGGAGGCCUGGGGCCCUCUGCUGGCAAGGUCUUACGUGUGGGGCUGAUGGGAUGCAACAGCAGCAUAGCCAAUGCGGACAUGGUGCUGGCUGCCCUGGGAGAUGCACUGAAAUGCUGCCACAGGAGCAAGGUCUAGAGAGGCUCUCUGGGAUUGAAGUUUCUGUCAUUCCUUGCAUAAAUGGAUAUAAGUGCCUGGGACAUGCAACUUGCACAAAGGAUAUAAGUUACUCAGCAUAAAAAUAUACAUAUUGAAAAAA